AUGGGAAUCUGCUCUGCGCAACCUAACUGUACGGUGCCCGAUAAUUAUAUCGUACCUUUCGAUGCUGAUCCUGACAUUGCUGGAACGGGGGUCCUCGCCGCGUUUUUUAUUGGCGUAUGGUCGACAUAUAUCAUAAUCGCCUGGGGUUACUUCUUCAACGAUCGCAUCUCCGAUGACUGUCUCUCUGACUUUGACCGGUGGAUCCGACAUGGGUCACUUACUCUGCCAAACCACAUUCGACAAUGGAUUUUCAAGAAAGAAGCCCAGAAAUGGACAGGCUCGUCGACAGCGCUUAUCAAAAUCUGUCUCAUGAUCAGUGACCAGCAACUAGUAAUCGGCACCGCAAUGCUCCUCAUCGGCUUCAUCACGCACUGCAACAUCCCACAAUAUUACUUCGAGAUAAUCGCAGACUACGGAUGGGUAACGAGCUGUGUUUACCAGACCUCUGUUAUGGUCACGUACCCCGUAUUCCAGCAGAAACCUGCGAUGCGCCACUGGCGCGCGGCGUGGAUGACCUGCCAGGCCGGGUUUAUUUUCAUCUGUCAAAUCCUGACCUACCACAAAGACUGGCUGUUUCUAUUCGGUACUCCAACGAAAUGUAUUUGGGAGAACAUGUCGACGGGAUACGUCAAGGGGUCACAAAUGGUCCAGCUGAUUGUCACCUUAAGCUUCCAGGUAUGGAGUUACCUAUUCGCUAUGGGCGUUUUCUACCCCCGUUAUGUCGGAUGGACCACCUAUUUCCUCCGUGCUGUGAGGUAUAUCCUUCGGCUCCCGACGAGGUUUCAUGUCUGGUUAAGCAGGAGGUGGAAACGCCCAACACGGUUACAGAGGGGUGUGCUCGCCACCACGGCAUUCGCGAUGCUGCUUUGGGGAUUCUGGUGGAUUACCGGGUACAGAAUGUCCGACGACUCCUCUCGGGUCGAGGCAAUGCAGGGAAGCGAGAAUGAAUGGUCGACUGGGCAGAUGAUGCCUCUGCUUAUGCUCGCAUUGCCGUUGUUUAUGGCAGUUGAACUAUAUUGGGAUAAUACCACAGAAAAGCCGAAGCCGGAAGAUACGAUCAACAUCCCUCUCCGCACGCGCAAACGAAGCACAAUAGACAGUCUUCUAUGCAGCACACAUUCUCUUAUCUCCUCAUCAGCAGCGUCGUUACUGUCUACCUCUUACACGCCUCGGACCAUCAGUUCUUGGAACCUAGAUGCGCGCGAAGUGUUCGAGUCGUACUCUCAUGCGAGGGGUCUCGAUUCCGACACUGUUGAUUUGGAGACAUGGCGUCCGUCCCUGUCAGGGUCGCAAGAGGCAUUUUUCGAGCUGGAGUAUCUGACCAUUGAGAAAUUGUGGUUUCGAAUAUUGCUGGUUGUAGUUAGCAUGGUGGUCCUGGGUGGGUUUAUUACUGGCGCGCUGUUUGGAUAUGUUAUCUAG